AUGAUCCAGAAAGAUGCCUACGGCUCAAUUGAAAAUGUGUCACUCACACAGGAUGAUGCCGAUCUAUUACAAGCCAGCAAACCUGGGUACGGCACAAGAUCUGUUCUCGAAGUAUCACUCAAUAUUGUAAAUGCCACUGUGGGCUCUGGUGUUAUCGGUUUGCCGUUUGCGUUGUUAUUGGCUGGUUUUACAACAGGUAUCGCAAUCUCAGUUUUUGUCAGCAUCUUGACCUUCUUCGCCAUCUACUCCCUGAUCUUGUCUGGUCAAAAGAGCCAAGUCUAUGAUUUUGCAUCCCUGGCUAAACUAUCCAUGGGUCAGUUCGGAUUCCACAUGCUUAACCUGAUGUUGUUUAUCCAGAGCGCUGGCAGUGUGAUUAGUUACUUUAUUUUGGUUGCUGAUACUAUCCCUGUGCUCUUGGGCUUGUAUUUUCCUGAAUAUCCCUUGUUGGCCGAUAGGCAGUUGAUAACAAUCCUUGUGUCCGUGUUUGUUAUUUUCCCUCUCAACUUAUUUAGGUCUAUCGGAGCUCUCGCAAGAUGGUCCGCCUUCUCAGUCUUGCUGUUGCCUGUCAUGAUCCUGACUGUGCUGAUUAGAGCACCUGUGUACGCAAAAGACCACGAAGCCCCCGUCUUAUCGGUCGGUAGAGAUCCUGUUGCUGCCAUGGGUAUCAUGUCAUUUGCCUUUGUUUGCUCCCAAGUCGCAUUCUCCAACUACUUGUCUCAAAAGAAUCAAUCACUACCAUCAUGGAAGUAUUCAUCAAUUCUAUCCUCGUUCAUGAGUUGGGGCAUUUCAAUUUCAUUUGCAGCCAUCGGUUACCUCAGUUUUGGUCAAGAUGUUACAUCAAACAUUUUCAGCAAUUUCCCUGCUGACGAUAAUGUGAUUAAUGUUGGUAGAUUGGCUCUAGGCCUUUCUAUGGUGUUGACAGUGCCAAUGGCAUUUUACCCUGCAAGAGAUGCUGUGCAAAAGACUAUUGGAUUUGAAACUGAAGAUCGUCAGCCAAGUGCAUUACAACAUUAUAGCGUCACUGUGGUACUAUUCACACUCUUCUUGAUUGCUGGUGUCAAUAUUCAUUCACUUGGCAAAGUGUAUUCUGUUGUUGGUGGUAUCGCUUCCUCCUUCUUGGCUUAUAUUAUUCCUGCAUUUGCUUAUAUUGCCGUUUUCCACCCCAAUUGGAUCAGAAGAACUGAACACGAGUCUGUGCCGCUCGUACCUGCUGCAACAACUGAUUUAAAGAUUUUCGCAAAGCCAACUUGGUGGUUGGAUAUUGCUUGUAUUGUUCUCUUGGUCUUUGGCCUCUUUGUGAUGACUUAUACUGCAGUACAUGCCUUCAAUUAG